GUUCGUGCAAGAUCGUGUGUAUCACGUUCGCGGGUGUCUCGUGCGCGCAACGUCCCGUCGCUCGUGAAAGGACGCGACGCUGGCAAGAGAGUCGAGGACGUGGCUUUGAUUCGCUCUCGUACGAGAGCUAGAUAACUUAAAGAUUUUGAUAUCUUGGAUUCUGAAGGUUAUCAAAAGAUCGCAAGGCAAGAAUGUCGAAUUACAAUUAUGCGGUUGUACAGUUCCCCGCAGACCAAACAUAUUCAGAAAUACCAAUAACAUGGCUUAAAGAAGAUGACUCGCAGUGCUGGUGGCCGCCUAGAACAUCAAACUGUCUGCAGAUGAUUGCAAACUGUGAAAGUCCGGAUUAUAAAACAUGGGCCACUUAUAAAAUAAACGUCGUAAAAUUGUGCACAUCUCUUGGAUCAGCACGAAAACAUGCAGCAGAUUCACAAUAUCAGACGACCGAUGAAGACCGGUUAGGAAGAGGACAAAGGCCACAUGUUCCAUAUAAUCGUUUCAGUAGUGACGCAGAAGAGUGCUCAACAAACAAACCUCGAAAGUAUGUAAAAAAAAAACAAGUCGACAUUGUUACUUCUAGGCCACCAUCGUGCCCUGAAAAUUUUGGCUUAUCUGAAAAAGGAGCAAACCGCGAAUAUAGACAAGUUACAACGUCACAACAAGCAAAACGACUCAAAACGAACAACACUGGUGUUGCUAAACCACUAUCACAUCCUGAGAGCUCGAAAUCAUUUAAUAAAGGAUCAAACCAUGAACGUAAUAAAAUGUCACAAGGGGAUACAAACGCUAAUACGAACACUAUUGUCUGUAGGAAUAAGUCACCAUUGUUGUUUGAUGACCGCGAACCUUCUGAUGUAGAAUAUAACGAUGAAUAUAAUAGCGACGACUAUAAUAACGAUGAAUACAAUAACGAUGAAUCUAAUAACGAUGAACAUAAUAACGAUGAAUAUAAUAGCGACGACUAUAAUAACGAUGAAUCUACUAACGAGGAACAUAAUAACGAUGAAAUUCCAACGUCACAAGAACAAGACAAUCAAUCUUCAGGAUUUAAGGAAACUUGGCAAGAUGUACCCGUAAUAAAUUUUGUGUCUCCAUUGCGUGCUCAACAAGCUCUACAGCAGAAGAAUGACGAUAUUUCUCAUAUAAAACGCUGCCUACAGCGACUCUUACAAAUGCAAGCAGCAUCAAAUUUAACUCUCAAGGACAUAAAACAACGACAAAUAAAACUAGAAAAUGUUAUCAAAAGCAUUACACCCAUUGGAUUAAAACCAUUGGAUAGUGAUGACAGUUUGAUUGUGGAAUUAUUACCGUUGGUCACAAUAAAUAAUAUGAAAGAAUUUGAUUCUUUAUUAAAAACUUCAAACGAAGUAGUGACGCAAUUUAAACAAUUUUUAUUAAAAAUCGGAGGAAAUAAUCCGAGGGAUAAUAUACAUCGUAUUCUAAAAAAGAUUUUUACCAACGAGUGUGCUGUAAACUGCUCUUGGAAGGGUGUACGAAAAAAUUUCCGGCUGGACAAUUUACAUUUCAUAAAAAUGAUAAGACGACAUAUUACUUCGCACCAUAUGACGCUCACAGAAUCCGAAUUUGAUAACAUCGCAGCUGAAUGGAUCCGCUUCGCAAAACAGCGUAAGAUAAGAGAAGAAAAAGAGAAGGAUAAGGAGAACAAAACUUAAGGAGCCGUUGAAGGAGACCAAGUGGUGCGGUAGCGUCAA